GUCUAACGGAAAGUUUGGUAACCGGGGACAGACAUCCCAAGAGAAGGGUUGGCGUGCUGUCAGGCUACGUUGUGUGGUCACCAUCUCGGGUAUGUCCAUGAUCUCGAUAUUGAUGCUACCAUGCGAGGUGUGACAGGCGGGUGCCCCCAUCAAAGCCUCGAGUUUCUACAACCCCAUCCUGCUCCAAAUUGACAGAGGAGCAAACACAACAUACGCCACGAACCCUUUCCCCAAUUCACCAAUACACAUGCCAGCCCCUUGACUUGGUCCAACGGGAGAAGUCGAGUCGGGGCCUUGUGGAAUGUGUGCCAUGUCCCAGGGAAGCCUCCCCUUGCAGCCACCGUCAUCAUCGUGGCACCCCAACCGAGUGUGCCGGGUCAAGACUCGACUAUUUCAAGUCCCGCUUUCGAUAGCUGAGCAAGGUAAUCUCCGACUGGGCGCAAUUAUUCGCCGAGGUGCAUUCCUCUCAUUGUUUGCCUCAGACAGCCACAUCAGCUGCCCAUUGGUCUUGGUUCGAAAGAUGACAGCCACCGUGCUGGCAGAGAUGCACGUACCCGAUGGCCGCCUUCGAUUCGAGUUUAUAUUGGACAGCAGGAAUCCCACGUGCGGCACAUUUUUGGGGCCAUAUGUUUGGUUGGAGAUUGGGGACGCUGGAAAUAAACUCUCACUCUGUCGUUUCACAGAGCUCAAUGUGGGCUUCCGUGGUCGCCGCCGUGAUCUCUGGGGCGAUCAUCCUGCGCAGCUUUUCGCCAAGUCUGAUCGAUCUUGCACUGCCCCGAAACCCCCGACACGCCGACACCUCCAAGAGAAAACCCCCAAAACCCACAUCCUUCCCCCGCCUUCCUUUGUCAUAGGACGGGCCAUGAUCCUGCCGGGACGUUCGAUGCUCGGUCAGUGGUUUGGGCUCCUUCGCCGUUGGAAGUCGACCAAUUGAAGUGUGGACUCGGAGCAAACUUGGGGGCGGCAGGGAAUCAUUACACUAUCCAAGAAUGGUCUGGUUCGACGGGGAUGAUUUCCAGUCAGUGGCGUCGGUGGAGCAGAUGCAGUUGGUGGGGGUCAAAAGAAGCAUCGCCAAGACGAUAAAGGGAUAACGCCCCGCCUUGCAUCCUCCUAUCUAGAGGCGUGCUCCGCAUUUCCGUGCGGGGCCCACGGCUACUUACUAUGUAGUCCAAACCG